UGAAUCUUUCCCCUCAUGGAGAGCCCAAGUAGCGGGCGUCUCGCUGUUGCAAAAACGGGCUGUUGUUCAACCUAUCUCUCACAGCUCGUGCACUCCUUCUCGUCCUCUGCCAACAAGCACACGCUGGCCAGCCGAACCUCGUUUUUUUUUUACUGUAUCACCUCCUCUUUCCCCCAUCUCUCUUUCUUUUUCUGUGUCUCGCGGCUCGCACAUAACUGCCUUGCUUGCCGAUCUGAACCAGCACCUUUCAACGGCCAAGACCUCUCGCUGCCUAUCUGACCAGCCCUGACAUAAUGCCGGAUCGUGUUCUGAUGACGAGCCUGCUCGGCAUCUAUGACAACUCCAAAGAGGCCCCGCAACUGUUCGCGGAUGUCAGGACUGCCAGGGCUGCUAUUGUUGUCAGCACAGUUAUAUCAACUUUGGCCAUACUCUUCCGGCUUUACACACGUCUGGUGAUUGUUAAAAAGGUUGGGUGGGACGACAUGCCCCUCGGCAUAUACAUGAUCUUUGGCGUGGCUCAGUCCAUCCUCGUGUUCGAGUUGACGAAGCGCGGAUGGGGAAUGCACAUAAUGAAGAUGAAGCUGAUGACCGUUAUGGGGUUCAGACACAUGUUCUACUACGCGUCUGGAGUCUACGUAGUAGCGACAACCAUCAUAAAGCUCUCGCUACUAUUUCAGUACCUACGAAUACCCAACCUAGGAAAGCUCCACUACCGCCUUCUCGUCGCCACGACCGUCGUGGUCUCCGUGUGGGGCAUCGGCUUCUCAGCCAUGGUCUGGUACCCUUGUUCACAGGUAUCUCAAUUCUGGUCCUCCCUGGGAUCAGACAAGUGCUGGUUCUUCGGGUCGCUAUAUAUCGAUGAGGUGCUCGCUGCCUACCUCUCCCACAGCGCGAGCAACAUGGUACUCGACUUCGCCGUCCUCGCCCUUGCCGCCCCCUUGUUCUGGAAAAAGGACACGUCUGCCCAGGCCAAGCACGGCCUUCUCGCGCUGGUGGUCAUGGGAGCCUUCGUCACCGGGCUGGCGAUAUGGAGGAUGCAGUCCCUGAUGCAGAACAAGGCCGGGUCGUGGCCGACGUUGGACCCUUUCUUCUACACGGCGACCCCGAUCGUGCUCUCGGUGCUCGAAAUCAACUGCGCCAGCGUGGUUGCGAGCGUGCCCGUCUUCUGGCCCGUGCUGCUCCGCCACAUCUCGCGCAUCUCGCGCAUCCUCGUCAUCCAGGUGACGGCAGAGGUCCGGGUCGAGUCGCGCAAUCGCGAGUCGCUACUCGAAGACAUGGCCGCCGGGCACCCGUCCGGCGGCGGCGGCGGCGGUGACGGCCAGUGGUUGUUCUCCGGCGGCUACGGCCCCUGGGCCCGGCUCGACGGCGGCGGCGGCGGCGGAGGCGAGGAGGUCGCCAAGUUGUGGCCGACGCAGCCGAUUCCCGCGAUGACCAGGACAGCCGUGACGACAGGCGGGGCGUCCGGCCACCACCACCACCAACACCACCACCGCGGCGUCAGGAACGACUCCAACGGCGGCAACAGCGUCGAGUUGCACGAGAUCAACAUGCCAAAGGUGCAAACCCCGGGCUCGCUGACCAGUCUCGAUCUGAGCUGCUCCGGCCAGUCGGCGUCUUCGUUGAUCCGGCCGCAACUGCGUGUCGAGGACCCGAACUGGUAUCCGAGAAGGAAAACAUCAAGACACAUGGCGUUUGAUAUACAUCAUGAGAGAGUCUAACGCUAGCGAAUUUCGAUUUAUUGGAAGCGAUUUUACGUGCUGUGACGGCAAUGAAUCGGUGCCAACCGUCUGCCCAUGGUGAUGCGAAA